AAGACGUAUCGAUUGAACAACUGCGUCUUACUUGAAUGAUCUUGCGAUAAAAGACGCGAUUUUACAACCCGAGACGAAUUCCGUUCAUUCUCUCAAUCAAACUUCACGUGAAUAGUUAUUAUAAUCAAUUGAUUUAAGAAAAUAAUGAAAAGUGUUUUGAAAUACGCUACGUAUAUAACAUUUGCGGUAAACGUUCUCAUCUGUUCGGGAUGUCCACACGAAACAGAAAAUGUGAAGGCUGCAUACAAAUCUGGCGAAAUGGUAGACCAAAGUGUACCAAUAACUCUCGCCGAUAUCAAGAGGAAACUAAAAGAAAGCGGCAUCUUCAACUGGCAGGACUCCUCGUUGACUGAUCGAGAGAGAAAAGAACUGAACAAGUUAUUCGAUGCUGUUGAAAUUAUGACGACAUCCCGAGCUCGUCAGCCAUCGAACGUUCAGAAUAUAUUCUAUUCGCUACGUCUCGUCGAAAGAGCGCUUAAGAAACAGCUUAAAGAAGGGCAGAUAUCAGAUACGUUGGCUGGUAAAUUCCACUGGGAAAAACUGUUCCCUCGACGCAGACAAGAAAAAUCAACGUAUUAUUUAGAUAAGAAAACGAAUAUGAGAGUGUUUCACAUUAACAAUAAAUAGUAUUAAAUUAAAUGUUUAAGAAGAAAUAAAUGGUUGUUAAAUAGAG